AUGGCCCCCAUGCAUUCUCGAAUCCAGGAGGCCUCGAAGGAGGAACUCGUCAUGGUCCUCAAGGCCGUCUGCAGCUUCACCGGCACCCACUACCACGUCAAGAGCGUCCUCGACUACCUCGAUGAGAAAAAGCAGUCGGACGCCGCGGCCGCCGCCAGCCGUCGCCUUCGGCAGUCUACCCACGCCUCCUUGUCUAUGAAGAGUUGGGCUCAGCCGGUUCCCAAGGUUGUGAAGCGCAACAUCAAGAUGUGCUGCAACUGCGAGUUGCCCUUCAUCGAGAACGAGAACACUGAUGAGUCUUGCCGCCAUCACCCUGGCAAGUGGCUUCUCGAAUGCGAGAAGGGCGAUAAGAUCGAGUUCGUGGAUCUUGACAAGGCCGGCGAGGAGUUCACUUCCAACGAGCAGGCCCUGCGCAUCCUCGACUGCUGCAACAGCGAGCGUGGCGUCAGCAAGGGUUGCAUCGCGGGCAAGCACGUCGCCAUGGUCGCGGGUGUCGACACCAGCGAGGUCUCUGUCUCAUCCAACAACGGCCCUGCCGACAACUAA